ACCAGCCUUAAGGAUUCGGAAGAACAAGACCCUAGUCUGCAGUUUAAUGUCGUGUUUCGGUUUUAACACCAAGAAAAUUCUUCCCCAGCUGCAAUUUUCCCCAUAUUAAAGUGUCUCCGCCCGCACCAUGUCCAGCAUCCAGCUGCUCCGGGUGCUGGUGAACGAGCGGCUCUCCGCGGCGGCAGAUGAGAUCUUCGAGGCGGUGAAGAAAACCAUUUCAGACUAUGAGGAGGAGCUGCUGCUCUCCAAGCAGGAGCUCCACCGGCAGCGGAGGAUGCUCCAGGUGGUGGCCGAGCCUCCGGGCAGUCCAGGUGGACACUCAGAGGAACCCCAGUUGACGCUGUGCGUCUGGGACGAGGACUUCACCUCUGACCAUCAGCAGAAAGAAGAGCCCAACGAGCUGGAAUGGAGCUUGGACACAAACCGCAAUCCCUGCAGCCCCGGGGGGCGGAGCCAGGAGCUGGAGGACAGCAGCAUCAUCAAGGUCAACUUCAUGCCUCCCUUUGUCAGAAACGUCGGCAGUUCAACAGAGUUCAGCGAGGCGAUGGUUAAAGAGGAAGAGGAGGAGCCUCUCCCGAGCACGUCGACGCAGCCGGACGCCGCCGAUGGCGCCUCGACGAGCUGCUCUGACGCUGACAGUGAGGAAGAAUGGAAGGCCAACUCCCAGUCCAAAGGCAAACGUAGCAGUAAGAAGAAGAAAAAGAAAAGGGUAGCAAUGCUGAAGAUUAAGCUUCCUCGUCGCCCAGUGGCUCCUAAACUCAACCCGACCAAAAAGAACAAGACUCAGAUCUGCUGCAAAGUCUGCGGCCGAGCCUUCCUGCUCGCUGUGUCGCUGGUCAACCACAUGGAGGCGCAUUCCAAGGAUGUCUGCGGUGUGUGCGGCGAGCGCUUCGACAGCGAGGAGUGCUUCGACGCCCACCUGAAGACGCACGUGAAGGCGGAGAGCUGCAAAGUCUGUGGGAAGUGCUUCUCUAGCUCCAGCGGCUUGGAGGUCCACAUGAGAAUCCACACGGGAGAGAAACCGUUCGUCUGCAGCGAGUGCGGGAAGUGCUUCACCACGAGGGCCAACAUGCUGCGCCACAGCCGGAUACACACUGGGGAGAAACCAUACACCUGCACAGUGUGCGGCCGCAGCUUCAAUGACUACACAACCCUGAAGCGCCACCUGUUCGUCCACUCCGUGAAGAACAGCAGCCUCGGUGAGUCUUCGCCGGAAAACGGCGGCAGGAGGAGUCCACCGGCAAGGAAACCACGGACGGCGUGUAAAGUCUGCGGCUUGACGUUCCACUCUGUGCUCUCCCUGCUGAAUCACAGCAAGAGGCACAAGACGGAGCUCUGCUGCGUGUGCGGGAAUCACUUCGACUCCCCAGAGAGCUUGGCAGAUCAUCUGGACUCCCACAAGAACGGGAAGGUGUGCGAGGUGUGCGGGAAGUGUUUCGACUCGCAGGGCCACCUGGAGAUCCACAUGAGGAUCCACACCGGGGAGAAGCCGUUCCCCUGCGCCGAGUGCGGGAAAUCCUUCACCACCCGGCCUCACCUGGUGCGCCACAGCCGGAUCCACACCGGUGAGAAACCCUACACUUGCAAUUUCUGCAGCAAAAGCUUCAACGAUUACACCACCCACAAGCGCCACCUGCUGAUCCACAUCAAAGACUGCAACCCAGGAAGCCCAACUGCAACACAGAGCGAAGAGACUGAGUCGUCUCCGCCACCAAAACGCCCGCAGGUGGCGUGUAAGGUCUGCGGAGCGACCUUCCGCUCCAUCGUCUCUCUGGUGAAUCACGCUAAGACUCACACCUCAGAGCUCUGCGGCGUCUGCGGGAACCAGUUCGACUCCAAGGAGAACCUGAAGCUCCAUCUGAAGACCCAUCUCAGCAAGCGGGUGUGUGACGUCUGUGGGAAGUGCUACGACUCGCAGGGCCACCUGAAGGUGCACUUGAGGGUCCACACGGGGGAGAAGCCGUUCAGCUGCAGCUACUGUGGGAAGUCUUUCAACUUCCGGCAGAACAUGCUGCGGCACGCCCGGGGCCACUCAGGGGAGAAACCACACGUCUGCACGGUGUGCGGCCGCGGCUUCAGCGACCGCAGCUUCCUGACGCAGCACCGCAACACGCACACCGGGGAGAAACGCCACCGCUGCCAGGUGUGCGGGAAGACCUUCAACCGGAAGACAUACGUCCGGCUCCACAUGAUGAAGAUCCACACUUCGGAGAAGUCCCGGAAAAAGCUGGAAGAUUGAGCCAGAACUGCCAAUCCAGCGGAGAAGUUUAGUCAUUUUUAGGAAUAAUUGGUGUUUGUGCAUUUCUGAAUGUAGAUUAAAAACUGUGACAACAUAAGAACAAACGUA